CAGAAAUUAAUGGCCAUGAGUUCGUAUAUGGUGAACUCUAAGUAUGUGGAUCCCAAAUUUCCUCCUUGUGAGGAAUAUUUGCAGAAUAGCUACUUAGGCGAGCAGGGGGCCGAGUACUACAGUGCCUCGCAGGGCUCUGAUUUCCAGCACCAGGGACUCUACCCACGGUCAAACUACAGCGAGCAGCCCUUUAGCUGUAGCAAUGCCCAGGGCUCUGCCGGGCAGCCGCGGGGUCACGGACAGGAGCAAUCCGGCCCGGCGAGCCACUUCCCCGGCCCAGCAGAGCAUUGUCCACCGCCUCCAAUGUCCAACUCGCGAGCCUGCAGCCAGCAGCCGGCCCUCAAACCCCCAAACGGCUCCGCAGUUAAGCAGCCAGCAGUAGUUUAUCCCUGGAUGAAGAAAGUCCAUGUUAACUCGGUGAAUCCCAAUUACAACGGAGGGGAACCUAAACGCUCCCGCACAGCUUACACCAGACAGCAAGUCCUAGAACUGGAAAAAGAAUUUCAUUUUAACAGGUACCUGACCAGGCGCCGCCGUAUCGAGAUAGCCCACACUUUGUGUCUCUCUGAGCGCCAGAUCAAGAUCUGGUUUCAGAACAGAAGAAUGAAGUGGAAAAAAGAUCACAAACUGCCCAACACGAAGGGCAGAUCUUCUUCCUCUGGUUCAAACCCCCAUUUACAAACUGGUUCCAAGGACCAUCAGACUGACUUGACAACUUUGUAGAAGAGGUGAAAUUUUCCAUUUCAUCCUUCGCUUCUGACCAGUACUGUACAUAACUGACACUACCCAAGCAGAACCUGCAUGUAGCAGCUAAGGACACGAGAAACUGUCAUCUUUCUUUAAGGUACUGUU